GGAGUUUGCGCCUUAGAACUAACGUAAGACAACCUGUCGUCAGAUGUUGGCUUUGCGUCAAUGGUAAAGCUAUUUUAAUUUCGAAUUUCGGACGACCCUGAUGUACCCUAUUAAGUAUACAAUAGGGUACACGUUGAUACUUCGUUUCAACAAUUGAAAAAUAAUAUAACAAUUCUUUAGAAAAAUUAAAAUUAAUUACGAAGAUGAGUGCAGGCCCAAAAUAUUAUGGAAAAAGAAGGAGCAUUGUUCGUAGAAUUGGUUCAAUGUUGCCAUUGAAACCACCACCAAAAGUAUACGUUAGUGUUACACCUUUACAUUCAAUGACAAGUUCUAUGAUCAAUGAAGAAACUAGUGGUGACUAUGUAGAUACAAACGGAUUUGGACCUGCAAGCAGACUUUCUAAUAUUAGACCAGAUCUAUUGGAACCAAUUAGUUUUGGAUCUGAAAUUAGAUUACUUGCUUUAGAGCAAGAACUUCAAGACCUUAGGGAACAAGUAUCAGCAAUAGUCAAAAGUAAUAAAGAAUCUAGAUAUACAUCUACAGCUUCUUUAGCAAAUGGGACUGAUGAUAUACCAGAGUUACAACAACCACUCCCAGAACUCCCAGAACCACCACCACCACCACCGCUACCACCACCAACUCCACAUAUUGCAAGAAGAGCAAGUUUGCAAGAUCAUAAAACUGAUGAUCGCAAAAAGGUUUCAUUUAUAUCUCAAGCAUCUAUGACUGAUGUGUUAAAAGAUAUUGAUAAUCUCAAAUUAAGGCCAGUUGCUAGAUCACCCGGAGGACGGCCUCUUCGUAUAAAACGUGACAACAGUCCAUGUAACGAUUUACAAGAAAUACUCAGAAGACGUUAUGUCGCAAUGAAUUCAGCUGAUAGUAGAAACUCGUCAGCCAAUUUGACGCUGGACGACUCUUUUACAAGUGACGCGUGAACAUAUUUUGAACAUUUCUCAACGUGUAAUGUGCAAAACAAAGGUGCCAUAUAAUAUUUUGGAUGUCACUAAUUGAUAAAUUUAAUUCUGACAUCAAAAUCGUGUGGCAUACAAGAUGUGAUAACAGAUUAUGUAAACUGUAGAACGAAUGUGGCAAAUAUCUUUAAAAUCGUAAUUACUGAUCGUGAUUUUAUAUUGCAAAUUAAUUUUCAAUAAGUAAUAAUCACUUUUUUCAAAGAAUACUGCUAUUAAACUAUAGAAGUAAUGUAUUGUAUAUUUGCACAGAUAAAAAUAUUGGGCUGUAAAUUGAUGAUAUGCUGGAAUGAUUUUGUCAAAUUUUUAUAAAACAAAAUAUUAAUAACUUCUUUUUAACAAACGAUGUUUGAUAUUUUAUUGAAAUCAUAAAGAAAAUUGUUGAAAUGUAUGUACAUUAUAGUACAUUCGUAAGUUGCAUAUAUUUUAACGAUUUAAACAAUUAUAUACAUUAUACAUACAGAAAUUAAAAAGACAAAUAUUUGGAUUUGAAUUUUGAAUCAGAUCUACAAUUCGUUGUACUUUUAUUUUUAAGAUGUUGUAUUUGACUACUUUAUAAUAUUGUUUUAAUAAGUUUUGUUAUGUUAUCAAGUGCAUAAUACAAAUGGAUAUUAUAUUUUGAAACUCUGUACAUUUUUGAAAUGAAAGCAGCAUAAGUUUAAUAAUCAAAAUUAUUACAAUUAUUA